AUGUCGCUGGGGGACUCGUCACCCCCGGGAGAAGCGCGACUGAACCAGCGGCUCGCCGAAAUCGAAACCAACGUGCACGACAUCUGGGCUAGUUUGGCCAUGACAGGGACAUCUCCAUCGGUCACAGAGCCACUGCCAGCGGGGCCAUCCACGACGUUCAGCAUGAAAAGUCAUGCUGGCGCCGAGACGGAUUCAAUGGCCGAUGUUGAGAUCGUUACCCAUACUACAACGCCCGACGAGUCCGGCAUAGCCUGUAAAGCCUUUGGCUUCCAGGAUGCGCCGCUGCUCACCCUUGUCAAGGCGGCCAGCAUGACAGAAGAACUGCAGUCUAAUUACCCCGAGCCAAUCACAAGAAACAAAGCCAACGACCCCGUCAAUUUGCCAUGGUUUCCGAUGCUGCAUGAUGACGAUCUAUUGAUGGUCCUCGCGGCAACGGAGCAAUAUUGGCCCAUCUGGCCACCCUGGCAGUACGGCGCCCUGCCUCCGAAUAUGCCCAUUCUCCAAGCCAGUGGAGUUAGAUAUGCCGCUGAGUUCCUGUCUCGCAUGGCAAGGUCCAGCAGUCCCAGCAUCGCAGCCAAGGCCUGGCUCUGGCUGUCACUUUGUAUUCAACAAGCGCCAAAGACACUGCAGCUGUCACACUGCGAAUUAUCACACGAAGCCCUUCUUGCGUUAUACUUAAAAACAGCCAGCAAACUGCUUACAUCGGCGACUAGGACGAAUAACACAUUAGACGACAUUGAAGCCCAGCUUAUCCAGCAGAGGAUCUAUGUAGACAUGGGCAGGCCACGCCAGGCCUGGCUUAUCGUCCGUCGGGCCACGGAUGAGGCGCUGCUCCUGCGUCUUCAUCGUGCCACAGAAGAAAGAGGACAAGGCCGCGAAGCAGCUAUAUGGAAUGAGAUAUGGCGUCUCGAGACCACCUUGGCUCUGAUCCUAGGCUUGCCGAGCACUAUCCCCAUCCCCGAGUAUAACAGCAGCGGAAGCAACGGCAAUAACCCGCUCCAUGUGCUCCUGCACAGAGUUCAGAGCCUCGCCGCGGCUGUCGUGGCUAGGAACCAGAGUCCGCAGCCAAGCUAUCUAGUCACUAUGCAGAUCAGUCACAAGCUUGAGGCAUGCCGGGCCCUUAUGCCUGAUAGCUGGUGGGACGAACCUCCACAACAGGACCAGCCGUUCACGCAGCUGUAUAUCCAGCAAGCACUUAAGGUGCAGUUCUUUCUCGUCACCAAGAUGCUACACCUGCCCUUUAUGCUCAGCGCCGACGAUGGGUAUGAGUACAGUCGCGUAUCAGCUGUCGAUGCCUCGAGGAGCUUGAUAGCCGCUUAUCUCGGGCUGAGGAGCUGCAGUAAGGGUCUGUUUGUCAUAUGCGAGUCGCUUGAUUUUCAAGCUUUUAGUGCUGGAAUCACACUGCUUAUCCGCCUCCUGUCACUUACAUCAGGCAAGCGGUCGAGCGAUGGCAAUAACGUCGACCAGGACUGGCCACUUAUUAACGCACUGACUAUGUGCUUGCGGCGUACAGCAAGCGUGAUGCAGUGUAAGGUCGCUAGCCAGGCCGCUGAGGUGCUGGACCUCCUUACACAGGCGGCACGGGGCACCUACACUGGUCCAGAAAAGUAUAACGUUGUCUUACCGUAUUUCGGCAGGGUCACUAUUUCCCUAUCACAAGGCCUAGAAAGAACCCAUCUGGAAGGAUUAGGUGAACGCCAGGAAUCGCCACAGCAACAGCCCACGAAUCCUCCGUUUGGCACUGUCGAGUUUAGCGCGAAUCCUUUUGAUCUUAGCUACUCUUCCGAAAGUCUCGAAGGAGAGCUCGGUGGUGAUUGGUCAUCUAUAUCUGACAUCGAUUUCAGCUUUUACUGGACCCAGAUGUUUACCUUUAAUAACUACAACAAUUAA